CGGAGGAACAACGAUGGCUGGCGGUCUCUCCUGCUUCUUCACUAUCUGUUCCGACCAUAGCGCGGACACCGGAUGCAGCAUGACCCGUGCUCGCAGCAGUGAGCGCUCGACCUGGUAAUAUUGGUUGAUACGGCGGACAGUGACGGCACUAGCGAGUGCUUGUCCCGAUAUCUCGCUUGAGCUCCUCGUCUCAUCGAAGCGUGGACGUGGACUUGUCAAGCUCGAUCCACUGCGGAUCCUGCAAUACCAGCAACAAUCAUGAGUUCUACCGACUUGACGGACCCCGCCAAGUUCAAGCUCCAGGCGGACGGAAGCCUGAAGCGCCCUCAGUCCGCGUUUCGCGACUGGAUCGUUCCGGGGAGCGGCAAGUUUGAGCCCGAGAAAGGGAGGUACCACCUCUAUGUAUCCCUCGCCUGUCCUUGGGCCCACCGCACUCUGAUCGUACGCAAGCUGAAAGGCUUGGAGGAGAUUAUACCCAUCCACGUCGUCUCCCCGCACCUCGGCGAACACGGAUGGCCCUUCGCGAGCGCCGAUCCUUACCCCGGCGCCGACGUCGACCCUCUAUUCGACGCGAAGCACAUGAAGGACCUCUAUCUGCGAGUCGACCCGCAGUACCAAGCGAGAUGCUCCGUACCUAUGCUAUGGGACACCAAGCUCUCGACGAUCGUCAACAACGAGUCCUCCGAGAUUAUUCGCAUGCUCUACACCGCCUUUGACGCGCUCUUACCAGAAAGCGUCGCCUCCCUUGAUCUCUACCCGGAAGCGCACCGCAAGGAGAUCGAUGACAUGAACGAAUGGGUGUACGACACCGUCAACAACGGCGUCUACAAAGCCGGGUUCGCCGGCACGCAAAAAGCGUACGAGGACGCCGUGCUGCCGCUCUUCGCCUCGCUCGACAAGCUCGAGCAGACGCUCGAGGGCAAAGACUACCUCGUCGGCGACCGGCUGACCGAGGCCGACAUACGGCUCUACCCGACCAUCAUCCGCUUCGACGUCGUGUACGCCACCCACUUCAAAUGCAACAUCCGCACCAUCCGCAGCGGCUACCCCAACCUGCACCGCUGGUUGCGCAAGCUCUACUGGACCGUGCCGGCGUUCGGCGAGACAACGAACUUCGACCACAUCAAAGUGCACUACUUCUGGUCACACCCCAUGAUCAACCCUCAUCGGAUCGUACCAGUGGGCCCGCUCCCUCACAUCCUUUCUCUCUGA